GAAGACCAGUCGCCGAAGCCCAUGAAUCAGAAGCUGUUACUACUCAAGCUGAAGCGUAUUAACGAGUUAAACGAUAAGCUGAAAGGUGUACUGGCAAGGGACCGGAUCUACGCUUCCAAUGCCUCGUAUUCGAUCAUCAACUAUACACAGCAGUCAAGGGACUAUGUACUACCAGAGAUCUGGGGCUACAUGUCACCUGGAGAGAACACUUUUCGAAACGGGAACAGAGCACCACGUCAGUCCCGUGGUUCCACGGGCAGCUCACCAGGUGGAUGUUGCACCAUAGUA